CCCUGUAACCUUCAAAUUCCUUGAAAAUAAUUCUCUCAAUUUUAACUCUUAUAUUGUGCAAUGAAAAAUAUUAUAAACGCCCUCGUCAACGCCUAGAUUUUAAUUAGUAUUGUCUGGUAUAAAAUAAACUUUUAGUAAGUCCUGAGAAAGUUAAAAUAUAUCCAAGUAACAGUUGAAAUAUUACCGAUUACAUAGAUAAUUCCAUAACUGCUCAUCUAAUCUCUUAAUUUUUGGAACGUUUUGUAAUUCUUACUGAUAUUAAUUAUUAUGGCAGAAGAACGUGAAAAUUGUGAUGAUGAAUUAAAAAUUGUGAACAGAAACAGAGAAUAUUAUGUCUCUAAAAAGUUAAUUUGUUCAUCUGUGCCUUACUUCGAGAAAAUGUUUUGUUGUGAUCUAUUGGAGUCAAAGGAAAACAAGGUUGAAAUGGAUUUCGACGAACGUGCCUUUGAUGCUGUCCUCGAUUGGGUUCACUCAGGAUCAUUCUUUACUCAAAUGGAUUAUGUGAUUAGUUUUUACGAGGUAACUGACUACUUGAUGAUAAAUGAUGGUUUAUUGGAGCCUUGUCUCUCUUAUUUCAAUGAAAACUUCACUAUUGAACAUCUUCCAAGCGUUUUAAAGCAAGUCUCAAAAGUGUCUAAAUUGACAAGUUCUGGAUCUAUUAACAACAUUAUUUGUCGCUACUUCUUGAUGAUCGUCAAUACGAAUGUUUACUUGAACUAUCCAGUCGAGACAGUUGAAGCUAUUCUCAAAUUGGAUUUGAUGGUUUACUCUGAAUAUCAAAUUUUUGAAUCAAUCAUGAAAUGGGUUAAUCAAAAGGCCGAUGCUCGAAAAAAUUCACUUCCACAAUUAUUGAAAUGUGUUCGUUGGCCCUUCUCGGAUCCUGUUGCUAUUUCUAAGAUGAAGAAUAAUGAAUUAAUCAAGACUCUGUCUAAUUUCGAUACAUUUAUCGAAUCUGAUGGUGAAUGUGGAUUUAAUCGUACUAAACAAAGCUUCUUCGUCUCUAUCCAGCAAAUAGAUAGUAAAAUGUCACGAUUAAAAGUGUUUGAUAAUGAAUUAUUUUGUUUUUCAAUCGGAGAUUUUACUCAAGACGAUUCAAUGUCACUUGAAUUUGUACAUGGAGAACACAUUUCAGAUAUUUUAUUUGAUUCCGAAACAAAAGGAAUCCGAAUUGAUUGGGUCAAAAAGACAUAUCGAUUGCUAGACUUCAAAGUUGCUGGUAAUAAUUACUUAAUUAAAUUAAGGAAAUUCAUUGUAGAUGUCUGGAUCAGCGCCACGUGCUGUUAUUUGGAAGACAAAAACGCAAAACUUUCUUUUCCACUUUCCGCUGAAGAGACACUGAUCCUUGAAUCCAAUGGUAAAUUCAUUUUAAUUGGUAAAACUGGAGAUGAGAAGAAGUGGUUUGGUCUUUUUCCAGUUAGACAUGAAGGUUGGUUCAACUAUAGCGAUUAUGAAUACUCUUUUAAAGCCACUGUUUUGGACAAAGUUGUUUAUAUAUUGACAGAGGAUCUCGAAUUUAUUCAAUUCAAUUAUGAAACUAAAUCCUUCGAUAAGAGUAAACCAUUCAAAGACGAAAAGUGGGAUCUCAAUGAUUUAAUCUUAACUUCGCAUCAAACAAACGACGAUAAAGUUAUUUUGGUCAACAAAUCGUCAGGAAAAUUACAUUAUUUCUGUAUCAAGCAGAAGAAAUGGAUUGAAAAAUAUCGGAUCAUGAAUGUAAAUUUUUGUUCCAAUAGUUCCAAUGUUUAUGUUGAUAAGUUAAUUGCCUUCACUUCAACGUUUUUACCGAUCAAAAAUAUCAAACCUUUGUAUAGGCAAAGCUUUUAUUAACUUUGAACUAUAAUCUGUAUUAAUCAGUGUGAGAGGAAAGAGGUGAUUUUUUACUUCAACAUUUCAUUUAUCUAACAAUUAUCGUUAAAAAUAAUUAAUUACAAUCAACAUUACUCCAUUGUAAUAUUUAAAUGGUAAUUUUUUUCAACAAAUAUAGUUUUCAUCGAACCGCCGAAUGCACAUGAAACAUUAAGAUGAACACAUGUUAUUUACUACAGAUAUUUUGAUUCGAACUCGAUGGUUUAUCAAGAAAAUGAUGAAUUGUGAACAGAAAUGUGAAAAAUGAAAACUAACUCAACUUAAAGGAUGUUGCGGAUAAAAAGGAGAAUUUAUCUUUCCUAAAAUUUUGAUGCAGAUGACGAUUUAUUGAUAAAUUUAUUUGUCUACGUUUGUUUCUUCUUCAAUUUUGUUAUCUUCAUUGUUAUCAUGGUCAACGUCAUCUUUAUCAAAAUUUUAACAAUUUGCAAGGACAACGAAAUGUGUUCAACAUAUUUUGUAUCAAUUUCAGUUAUCUAAUCAACUUAUUGAAUUAAAAACCUUUAAUUAUUAAUAUUUCACUUAAACAAACAAACAUGUUUAUAACAAACUUAAGUACAUUCUAUGUUUCUAACUUCCAACUGAGAUUCACCAAUUAUGAAUUGAAGAAUCUGAU